AUGAAAAUAUACGCAAUCAAGAUACCGGAUGAACCGAUAUCUGAAGAGACAUUUGAUGAGUUAUCGACUCUAGUCGAAGAACCUGCUAGGGGACGCCUAAAACGAUUUCGAUUACCUGCUGAUUCAUUGAGAUCUCUCGUGGCGAGAUUGACCGUUACUUGGUAUUUAAACCAAAAUGAUUUACUCCCCGAGGGAGAAUUGCCUACGUUCGGUAGAAAAGGAAAAGGGAAACCUAUCUUGUCAACACCAAUCUUAGAUCCUCCAAUGGAAUUCAAUAAUACCCACGAAUCAUCCUUCAUCUUAUUUUCGAUCCUCCGAUCGCAUUCACCCCUAGCUUGUGUCGGUAUAGAUAUAAUGUCACCUGUUCCUGAUCCUACAGAAGUACAAGAAGGCAUAUCAUAUCAGCUUACCUUGUCUGAAAAACAGUCACUUUCUAUCCCCAUGAGUGAAGACGAGAGAUGCAAGAGGUUGAUGAGGAUGUGGACUUUGAAAGAGGGUUUCACAAAAGCUGUUGGAGAAGGAAUCACCUUUGGUUUGGAAAGAAUAGAAGUUCACCUCGCGUCCACUCAACAGGCGGGUGACAUAGAAAAAGUAUUGAUAGAUGGGAAAAAUUCAGUUGAUAUAGGAUGGGAAUACAAGAUUGGUCAAGUUGAAGACAACUAUUGGGCUGUGUGGUGGAGAGGCACAGAUGAUGAAACUGAGGCUAAAGCUGAGGCAAAUCUCGAAGGACAAUCUCAGCGUGAAUUGGAUGUGAUCAAUGUAAAUUGGGACGAGUUUCAAGGACCAUUAUCAGAAUUAGCUGAAAGAUUGACUACAAAGCAAUGA